AUGGAUUUGGAAGAAACGAAGGAAAACAUUCAACCACUGCGUACGGGCAGAAACAUCGAACAACUGGAGUAUGCUCUGGUUUCGCCGGAAUGUUGGGAAGAGGAUCGAAAGAUGCACGAAGAAGCGAUUGAACAGUACGAUGGAGACGAUCCGCUGUCCGUUUGGUUCGAGUACGUGCAGUGGUUCGAACAAACCAAUCCAAGCAACACAAAACCGGCCCUGAUGAACGAUGCGAUUCGCCGUUGUGUGCAAAAGUUCGAAAACGAUCCGAGGUAUAUGCAGGAUCGGCGUUUCAUUAAACUUUGCAUUAAAUACAUCGACACUCAGCCGAAACCGGAGGAACUUUACGGUGAGCUGUUCGCCCGCGGCGUUGGCACACUGUGCGCGGAGCUCUACAUUGCCUGGGCCUACUACUACGAUGCGGCCGAUAAUUUCAGCAAAACGGAGGAAGUGUUCCAAAGGGGUCUGGCAGCCGGUGCACAGCCGAGGGAAGAGGUAGAGCAGGCUCAUACGGCGUUCGGAUUCUCGAUGUCGCAACGAAUGCUACAUAAGGACGAAUGCAGCAAACUGAAGUUCCAAACAUCGCUCGCCGAAAGACGCACGGCUCUGACCUCUUUACGCACGACACGAAAAAAGCAUGUGGGCAGCAUUCGUACUGGGCUGGCCGUGAAAAGCGUCAAACCGGGCAUCGUGAAUCAAGAGAACAUGCCUGCCAAUCAUGGGACUCGGAAUGCACCGACUAGUGCUUUGGUGUUUAGCGAUGAGCGUGAUGAAAGCGAUGCCGGUCCCUCGAUCGUGCAUCCCUUCUCCAGCGUUCACACGGAGACGGAAAACAUCAUCGAGGCGGCCCGUUUGGCAAAAUCACACUCGGCGUCGACGCACAAGAAAUCGAGCGUUUUCGCCAAAUCCGUUGCCCCAUCAUUCAGCAUUCCAAUGGAUGAAGAAUCCAAGUUUGAACCAGUUCCGCUGCUGGUAGACAACUACAACCGUGGAGUGCAGCUAUCGAGCAAGUUCCAUAGCCGUAAUAAUCCGCAAACUCCGUUUGAUCUGAGCGUUUGUGUUGGCGAUCCGAACGAAAGGGCUAUCCCGAGGUACGAUAAGAUACGGCUCUACUGUCAGGCGGGCAAUAAGCGGGAAUAUUCCCCGGAGGAACUACGAGCCUACCGGUACUUUGAGCGUAAGCAAAUCGAGAACAAACUCACGGAAACGUUGAGUCUUGUUUGGGGUCGCGGAUUCGAAUAUGGCAUCCGUUUGCAUCCGCUACAUCGUCGUUCUGCGACCGCGCAGUCGAUUGCGCCAGCAAAGAUACGAAAUCCUGCGCUUGGCGACUGUGAUCCCAACAUUAAAACGAGACUGCAGGAGAUGUACGCCAACAGUGAGGAAGAAAAAUCGUUCGAGGAACUGCUGGUAGCGAAGUGGAUCGAGGGUAGAAUCCAGAUCGGAGUUGAUCGACGGUACCAUGACGACGUGUGCCCCGUUGACAUGGAUGAAACGCAUGUCGAAUCGAAGCGCAUAUCUAUGGGUCCCACGCGGUACAGUAUGGCACCAGCACUGGUCGCCGGGGAGAAUGGACAACGUCCGAAAAUGCGUCAACGACGUUCCAUCUAUCCAUCGGGCCACGUCCAGCAAGGACCGGCUGCAAGUUGUAUAGCGGAGGAGGUGGAAGACGAGAGUUAUCGAUCUCGUACGGAAGUCGGCCGGCAAAGUGAUCCCGAUAGACAGGAAUCCGUUUCCCGUAAGCGUACCUCGAACGAGGAGCUUCAGCAAGAGGUCUGCAAACGGGAAGAUACCAAACCAACACCUGCCAAAAGCAUCAUUCCGUACGAUGGGGAGAUGGUUGCAGCAAUGCCAAGUGCCAAGACUGCUACACCACACGUUCCGAUUGUCUCACCAAAAGUUAACAUUUUCGUGGAAGAUAGCGAUGAAGAAGGUGGCGAUGGAUUUCUGGCGGGCGCAGCGAAAACGACCGGAACUGAACGUGCUCCGGAGCAGUCGUACUACCCGAACGAUUCUUGCUCGACGCAAAUGUUUAAUUUCUUCGUUAAAAACAUCAGCACACCGCUCGGUCCGAUCAGCAAACAGCCGCUCUUGGUUGGAGCGCAUGCCUCAGAUGACAAGCCCAAUGGUAGCGAAGGAGCACGUGGAACUGCUAAGCGUAUGGUUGUGUUCGAGGAUGAUGAUAAACCGAUCCUGGAACAAGAGCCGAAUGAGAAUGGUGGCUGUGAUGGCGGAAAAAAUCUGCCAAGAAUGGGUGCUCCGGUUGAGGCAGGACAAGUCAAUGAUGAAAAUGUCCCUCCUGUACUGGAGAGUAUGACACCACCGUCCAUAUCCGGAUCUUCCGCUUGUAAUAGUACGCAUAGCAACAAACAGCUUUCGACUAUCAUGGAACGCACGGAAACAAGUACCACCGGUUCGUCCUCUGCCACAAAGUCCCCCGUUGAAUCUCAGCCACUUUCACCAGAAACGAUCGACGCUGGGACACCGGGUGUUAAACCAAACGAUGACAUCCACCGUGUUUCUCCAAAGCAACUUCAACAAGGAAAGGAGAAUGUCUUCAAGGUUCCCUAUCCGACGGAACAACCGCCGGUGACGAGUAAAUUGGGAGGAGUGUUCUGCAUACACGUGGACAGUACGGAAACGAUGGCCAACAUGCCGUUACUGUUGAGGCGCGAUAUUCCGACAGGCCCGGCAGCUGCUAAUGAACCUUCACCUGAUGCCGAUAAGGAGAAUCAAUUGAUCUUACGUUCCAAUGCAGCCGUACCAACACCCACACCACCAUCAUCAUCGGCGGGUACCACGGGUAGUGCCGGUACGGGAGGCUUUUUCAAUUUGGCCGAUGAUCCGACCUACACCGGCCAGCGCAAUAUCUCGCAAAUGGUGCAGCGCGAUAUAGAGUUCAAUUCAAUGGCUUCAUUCCGCCUCGGGACAGAGCGUACGAAUACCAUACCGCUUCCGCUCGUGAAGCCACUUUCCGCAAUAACCGCGGCUAGUUCCAUUGCUAGCAAUGGUAGCGAAAAAGUUGCCCCUAAACCCAUUCCGUCUCCACCGGAAAGUCAGCCUCCGCCGAAGAAAAAUGGUUCCUUCCUGGAUCUGCUCGAUACGACGUUCUCGCCAAAGGCAACCGCUUCCAAACCAUGCCCUGGCAGUAGUGGUACUGGCACUUCCACUCAGCCACGAAGUUCAUUCAACUUGAGUGAUCUCAUGAAGACACCGGAACCUAAAGGAAAGCCCACACCAUCGACCAGCGACGCUGAAUUAAGAGGAGCUCCUUCCGUUACUUGUGCACCGUUGCAAAUAAUAUCUCCGGAGCCACUGAUGGUACCGAUCAAGGUAGAGAACUCGAUCAAUCUGGACGUCAGUCUUGAGUUGCCAAAGUUCUCGAUUUACAGCGCUGCACCAGCACCGAUAAAUCCAGCACCAGUUAUGAAAAUUGACCUGGAUGACUUUACCUCACCAUUACCGCCGAUGAAAUCGGCAGCGUCGACGGACCAGCGAGAUGAUCGUGCUUCGAUGGAAGAUAUCAAUACGGCCGUGUUUUCUCUGAAUAUCAAUCGUCCUGCGAUGAACUCGACCAUCAUCAAGGAAGGAUUCCGGACGCCAUCACCCAAACAGCAGUCUUCUGGACCUACCAUGGUACCAGCAGCACCGGUUGCUAUAUCUGCGGCCUCCUCACUGGUCAUAGCGGAUGUGCGCGGUGGUAUUAGUACCGCUAGCGCGAGUCUACUGAUGCCUCCGCCGACAAUUACUAGACCACCGAACGCAGCUCAAUCGGAUGUCGGCGAGUUCGAUGCCGAUGUCUCGAUCUAUCAUCCAAGGCCCGUGAUCUCACAGGAUGCGGAGAGAUGGGAUGAUGUUGAUGAAUACCUCGCCGCACCGAUUACUAACAACGAGUAUCAGCGGAAGGCGAUCGAUAUGGAUUGCACAAUGCAGCAAAUCAAUGCACACGUCGAGUCGGAUAAUGUUGAUCCAUUCGAUAGACAACUGCUAGAAGCGUUCCUAGAUCGGUUAGAAUUUACGAGCUAUCUGGAAGAGGUAACCACCUGCAAGACGGUCCACAAAGUGCAACCACUAAGAAAGGCCGCCCUUAUCGAGGUAAACGAUGGCAUAAUGUUCGAGGUGCAUCACAAGAUAGGGCAAGGAACCUAUGGUACAAUCUUUUGUGCCAAUCAAGUGGGUACGGGUAAACAAUUCGCCUUGAAACAGGAACGACCAGCCAACCUUUGGGAGUAUUACAUUUGUCUCGAGCUGCGUAGCCGUAUACCGAAUCCGGACAUUCUUCAUGGGUUUAUGCCGAUCGACUACGCCAUCAUCGGUAACAAUGCGAGCAUCUUUGUGUCACCAUUUUCGCGCUACGGUAAUCUGCUGGACGUGUGCAACACGAUCCACAAGGCUACGAAUCGAAACGUAGACGAGUUCAUCGCCAUGAUACUCUCCGCACAGAUCUUGUCGAUCGUCGAUCAUCUGCACAGCUGCCAGAUAAUACAUGCCGACAUCAAGCCAGACAACUUCCUCCUAAUGACACCCAUCGUAAUGGGCUCUACAGUACCGUGCAUUCAGUUGAUCGACUUUGGAGUUAGCAUCGAUAUGAAGUUGUUUCAGGAGGACGUUAAGUUCAACAAGGUCGUCACUACAGAGGGUUUCACGUGCAUCGAAAUGAUGGAGAACCGACCGUGGACCUAUCAGCCGGAUCUGUACGGUGUAGCCGGCACGACACACGUGAUGCUGUUCGGCAAGUACAUGCAGGUGCAGAAGCAGAUCGUCAAUUGGCAGAUUAAGAGCGCAAUGCCGCGCUACUUCAAGAAGGCCAUUUGGGAGAACUACUUUACAUCGCUGUUGAACAUUCGGGACUGUGACCAUCUGCCGAAUCUGCAGCAGCUCCGUACCACCUUCCUGGAGGAGAUCGCUCAGAACGAGAAGUACAUCCGGGGCAAGGUGGCCGAAUUCAAUCAAGCACUCGUAUCUGCCGGCAAAUGAUGAUCUGAAGAUAAGCGUAUGGUCAUAAGUCAUAAGUAAGACGAAAUAUUUUAACAUUUUUUUACUAGCCUCAAUAAACCAGCGAUAU